CCUUUGCGGUCGAAGGACACCAUCUAUCUUCGCCGUCACAGCAAGAUAUUGAAUUUACACGGACAAGAACCAUUGCGCGGGCGCAGGACUCUUGCACCGUUCAACCUUCUCUACUGCAGGACAGCCAGCAGAGAUGUCGCAUGAUGUACCAUGGCCCCCGAGAUCACCUCAUGCCGCUCUGCUCAGCUCUCCCAGCGGUCGCAAGAAGUACCAAGCCAAGGACAGUUCCCAUUCGCCGAUGAAACGAUCACCCACGACACCGAGCCUGGUUGACAGAUUGAGAGCUGUGCGGAAGGGCCAUGACCUGCCCAUGCAGGAGAACGACCUGCAAGAAGACCUCGAAGAAGACGAAGAGACGUUACAACUCAAGCUGGCGGCUAUUGAGGCUAAGUUAAAGUUGAAGAGGUUGCAACAAAAUAAGACCCGGGCUGGAACCACAGGUGACUCGUCACGGCCAAGCUCUUCUCAUGGUCCAGGUUCUACCACUUCCAAGACGUUUCCUGCUGGUCCAGAAGCUAUACCACAGCCUGCUCGAGUCGAAGUACAAAAGUCGCCAACGAGACGACCACAGCCGGUUUCACAGCCCAAAUCUCCUUCACGAGUUCUCCUUGGAAUCGAUAAGGGCGUGAGAGCCGCUGAUGUCUCACUCCGUCGAGCAAACACUACGGGAGGAAGCAGCCGACACAAACAGGAGACAUCCCGGCACGCCAACAGACCAACUUCUCGAUCUUCAGUGUUCAGCUCAGCACGAUCAGGCGUUUCCACAGAAAGCAGAAAGACUUUCAGUGAACGCAUGGCCGAAGCCCGAGAGCGUGAGCAAUCACAUGAACAACGACGCAACAGACACCGCAGCAAAGGCUUUGGGACCGACGAAUCCGAGAUCGAGAAAUAUCGUCUUCUCGCCAAAGACUCUAUUCCUGCACCGUCCCGAUCCCCAACCCGCCUCAACCCCCAACAAGCUUUCCCCCGCGAUGAGAUCAUCCAAGGCAGAGUGGAAGCCGGAACCGGUAAUGGUUAUCUUGAGAAGAAACGCACAAUGCCAGACCCCCAACGGUCUCCACCUUCACAAGACAACUCCGACCACUCUCACGCACAAGGAGACGCAUCCCUCUUCGAGGGCUUUUCCGGUCUACACCUUUCCUCACGCAUCCUUCCACACUCCUUCCUCAAGCGCACCCUUGCAACCGACCGCUUCACAAUCUACCGCGUCCCUGAUCUUCUGAAGAACAUCACCUCGCCGUCCUUCGACCUUCCCGACGACGUUGUCGACUACGUCAUCUUCGGCGUGAUUGCAUCCAAAUCCUCACCAAUGGACCAGAAAAAGCCACCACCGGACUCUGCCACCGCCGGGACGAACGACUGGGAACGUCAAUGGGAAGACGGCUCCCAAAACCAGCGGCGCUUCAUGGUCUUCACGCUCACGGACCUCAAAUGGACCGUCGACGUAUACCUUUUCGGUACAGCCUUGCCACGGUACCACCGCCUUGCGCCGGGUACUCUGGUAGCGAUCCUCAACCCGGGAAUCAUGCCGCCUAAGCCGGGUAAGACAGAUACAGGCGCGUUCAGCCUCAAUCUGAACAAUGGCGACGACACGAUCCUUGAGAUCGGGCAGGCCAGGGAUCUGGGUUACUGCAAGACGCUGAAGAAAGAUGGGCGAGAGUGCGGUGCCUGGCUCGACGCGUCAAAGACCGGGAUCUGUGAGUGGCAUCUCAACGCGCAGCUCGACAAGACCAGGGCGAAGCGGAUGGGCGUGAACACGGGGACCAAUGGCUUCAGUGGGACAAAACGACGCGGUAUCUUUGACAAGAUUGGCAACGCCAACGCCAAGGGCGAGGGAAAUGGUCUGUUGGCUGCCGAUGGGCAUCGUUAUGACAGAUACACCGGCAACCACUUCUACAUCGCCAAGUCGAAUGGAGGAGGAGCUGCUACUGCCUCUGCCGCUGGUGGUGCUCUUCAUGGAGGCUUGUACGACGGAGGACCAUCGCUUCCUGAAGGCAAUUUAUCUCGGGACCGUGGUGAACGCGUCCGAAAGCACCUUGCCGCGCAGGUCAAAGAACGAGAAAUCGCGGAGAAACUGGGCAGUGGCGGACACGGGCAGGGGUUUGGAUUUGGCAGUGCAGGCGCCGAGUAUCUCAAGCUACAUGCUAGAGCCAAGGACUCCAAGGGACAUGCCAAAGAUGGUACUGCAGGCAAAGCCGACGGUCAGCAAGCGAAUGCUGACGCCGAGUCUAGCGUGGGAUCGCAGCGCUCGGCCAAUAUUCUUGCUGGUCCGCCUUCAAGUGCACUGGUCAACGGCCGUGGCAACGGAAAUGGACGGAAACGGACGGCGGCAGAUGUUCGUCUGUCUCCGGUAAAGAAGACGCGCUUCGUCACAGAGAAGGGCAUUCGUGAGGCUGGAAGGGAGAGUCUAGGCGUCACGACGGCUAAGCAUGCUGAUGAGAGCGAGGAUGACUUGGAGAUCGUCUAAUUUCAGCAUCUCUAUGAUAGACUCCGACCUGAAUAUGAGAUACGACUUUUGCAAUGAACUCUGUUGCCUGUAGCAGG